AUGUCAAAGUGGAACAAACCGCAAGGUGUGGUUGUGCCGCUGGAGUCGCUGUUGAAGGAGCGCCGUAAAGAGAACUGUCCAGCGCCCCGACGUUCUGCCGGGCUCGUUGGCCGUUGGGGCAUUACGAGUUUCACGUCCAUACGCAACAGAAAUUACGUUGCCGAUUACAACAAUGUGGAUUUAAAGGAGUCGCUCGAGCUGGCGACAACCGAUACGUCGGAAAGUAUGGUCAACUUACUAACACCGGUUCAGGAUGCGGUCCGACCACGAAAAUUCUUCAAAAGCCGCAAUAUCGUACCACCACUUCAAAUACCGACGGAUCACCAUCACCAACAACAAGGGAUGGUGGUAGAAGGGGUGUCAUUCGGUGCACCGCCCGAUGCGUUCAACAACUUGCAUCACAAUCAUCCGUUAGAGAAUUCGAACUCCUCAACUCCACCUCAGCCACCGCAGUACUACCAACCAUUAUCGGCAGCUGCUACACCGCAGCUCUCACCAACUGGUCCGCAAGCGGCAAACGUAGGAACAGGCCUGCCGCGAACGGUUGCUGAAGACGAAUAUGCUCCUCAACAGCAGCAGCAACAGGCGCAACGUUAUUUACAAAAUCACGACCAACCCUUUUCAGUAGUUGCUCCGACGUCCACUCUACCAGUAUUGAAACCGAGUACGGUGAAGAAGACAUCAAUGACUGCAGAAUUAUUGUUAGCCUCGAUGCCGGAUGCACCAUUGCGUCGGGGAAAGGGUGGUAAAAAAGAGAAGAAAGAUAAGAAAGCCAAAAAGUCAAAAUCAAAAGAGGCAGUAGUGGGGAUGGCACCAGGAUCGAAGCUAAACGUGCGAACAGAGUCGCAACCUAAGCGAAACUCGUCCCGUAUCCGGAACCGCGUUGUCAACUACAAUGAGGACGACGACAGCAACGAUUAUCAACGGACUAACACACUGUACGACACGACUGUCGCCAACGCCCGCGCACUCUCCGUCAGUGAAUUGCAUUCAGCAUCGGAGGCAAUGUUUUCCGGUUCUCUUCACUCGAUCUCCGCAGACCAGAAUCCAGAGGUUUCACAAUCAAUGUCCGUCAUACCGCCAGUCACGGGAGAAAACUCUUCGCCAUCCGUCGAAAGUGUGACUGACGGAGGACGGGCUGGCAGUAAGCCGAGCACAAAUACGUACGUGACAACGCCGCUGUCCUCACCAUCGAACACCGAACAUCGUCCAAUUUUGCUACGCAUCUCGAAGGGCACAUCAAUGCUAAUCAGCACCGACAGCGAGGACGUUUCUUCUAACAGUGGACCAGCUGCUGUCGGCGAUCAGCUUUCAGUAUCAGCCCUGCAGGAAAUUCGUCCAUCGUACUUGGCAAACUCGUUUUCAUCAGCAGUUUAUCCUUACGUCGACAGUGUAAGCUGCGACGAACAGGGACCACCAUCCGAAGAAAAGCAUAAGCCUGCCCCUGCAACACCACGUCAGAGCGACAAGCCGGAAGGGGCCAACUGCCCAUCAUCUGAUACGUCAGUUGCAAGCAGCGUCACUGACGCACACAUUGUACCUAAGACAGAGUUAAAAAUUAGGAUUUCGCUCGGAGGUAAACCUCUGAUAAGUACUACGGCGACAGGCGGUGCUGGACUUAUAGGGUCACCAGCAACUUCCAGCACAACCUCAAACGUUGUCAGCAACUCGAAGGCCAAUAAAGCCUUUCGCUAUAACUUUAAAAAGCACGCAAUCGAAAGGGAACGGGCACGACACCAUCUAUCAUCAAAGCGCAUAAAGUCCGAUUCGAAAGCAGCGAUCAUCACCGAACAGAACGUUGCAGAUGAAGGCCAAGAGGUACCCGGGCCAACGGCUACACGGCCUCUACCAGUACUAGGAGUAGGGAUUCACGACUCGUCUGCUGUACCGCAAUUGUCGUUGACUGUGGCAAACACGAUCCCUGCUCGUCCAAGCUUUCCGCUUCCAGGUACCGACACCUACGAAGUAUUUCGCACUCUUUCCUCCCUUUCCGGGGGAGAUGAUUUUGACUCGCAGAGCUCCAUCCUUGGCAGUGCUUCGUCAGACAACACUCCCAAACACACGCUAACGGUAGGCGAAGAUCACUGUCAGAUCAUUCACAGCCGUGGUUCGAGUGAUUGCGGAAGCGAUCUGGAACUAUCGCAGAACAGCUCAAUGGCGGCUGCUCCUCCCUCGGACGCAUGUUCCGAGAGUGAAACUACGCAGGACAACAACAGAGCUGUAGUUGGUGAAGUCGUGCUGACAGACCCCCGCUCGUCAGCCGGUUCGCCGGCGAUUCCUAGCAGUUCGACGGUGGUCGAUAGUGCUCCGCUUUUUGCUCCCCAUCAAACACCGAGUGAUCGUGUUGAAGUACUUAAGAUAAACUUGAAAAAUACAGGAAAUCGCAGUAAUUGUCGAGUUACGCGCAACAAAAUGAAAACAUCCGCCGAAGAUGUAUGUGAAGGAGCGCCAACCGCAGUACCUUCCACCGUCAAACGGACUGCUCGAUUGGUACGCAGUCGCACCAAUAAUCAAAACAAUAAUAACGUCGUUGGUGUAGCGAGCAGUACCAGCGUGAACGAAAAGAAAUCACGAAAUCAAACGAAAGCUUCACAGUCAGCAUCAUCGACGUUACGAGAAACUAUUACGGCGCAAGCGCCAGGAGAAUUACCCACAGCCACGCACAUAGCACUGUGUUCACCGGACCAUUUACAAGAUCAGCAGCAACCACAGCAGUGUGAGGAUACAACAGGUGCGCAAACAGAUGAAGAUGCCAGGAACGGAAGCGUUACCGGUCCGGGUACAUUGACGAGCGGCCUGAAACUAAACAUCACUCGCCAGUACAGCCGGCGGAAAAAGAAUGUGGUGCCUCCAGAUUAUUUAUCAGAUACGAAAGGCGGAAAUAUGCAUGCACCGUUGGUUGCAGGGGUUACGGUAGCAAAAGAUAUUAAUCUAAAAGAGUGUGACGAAAGUAGGCCCAGCGCGACCACCUUACCGGCGGACGAACCAUUUGAGGAAAACGGAAGAAACUCGGUCAGCAGCAUAUCGUAUACAGCUUUGUCGCCCUUCGGACGUACACAGGACGGUGGCGAGAAAAGGCCGAGUGCAUUGUGUAGCAAUUUUUCGACCAGCAAAUCAGCUGAACGGCAAAACUUACAAGAUGAUAGCGUUCAACGGACAACGACGGUGGUUAACGCCUUUCGCAGUGGUGGCGAGAACGGGAUAACACCAGAAGUUACGUUGUCACAACCAGCACCGAUGCGCUUGGUACUACAGAAAAAGGGAACUAUUUUUAAAAGUCGUCCGUUAAUCACUUCGUCGCAUGGGGUACCAGAGGUCAAGAAGCGCCACGUAUACAAACACAAGUGGGACAAUGAAGAUGGUGCCAAUGGAGUGUUGGAGCAAGAUGAACAGUCCACUACAGUCGGCAGCACCGGAAGUGGUAUUGUCGCUGGUAGUAACGUCGGUAGUGGUGGCGAAGGUGGCAGUGGAGUCCCUAGCAUUAGCGGAAGCAAUAAUAGCAGUACGAUUGGCAGUGCAGGCGAUACAGGAAGGAAACAGGACUCGGGUGCCGGCACUUUGAUGACGAGCAUAUCUACGGACCACGGUCCAGGAAAUGCUGCAGGAGUUGGUUGUGGUGGCGUUGGUUCUGGAAAUAUGCUCGAUUUCGAUAAUGAUUUUCUAGAGUGCGAGUCUACGUCGAACUCUCAGUCGGCAGGACUUCCAUCACGACCAAAACGUCAGAAGUUUGGUUCACAUGGAGGGUUGGGUGCGGGCGGUGGCCUUGGGAGCACUGGCGGAGGGAUCACAAUAGCUAGCGGUGAUACUUUCAAUAACGUCGCUUCAGGACUCCGUCAGCGAGGAGCUGCGCAGGACGAGCACGAAGACUAUGGAGGUGGUGGCUUAGGUGACAGCGACAAUGAUGGUGGUGUGGAAGUGAUACCGAAACUACGCUGCUAUCGUGACACGAAACCAUUUUACACCAUCGUGCGUAAUGUGAAAAAUUCGCAUCAAAUGCAGGAGAUCGGCGAGUUUCAAGAGAUGGAUGACGAUGUAGAGUACAUUCUUUCCGCACUGCAACCGGACAACCCUGUUUCAACGCGCUGCCUUUCAGCCCUUCAGUUAGCUACGAAGUGCAUGAAACCCGCAUUCAAAAUGCACGUCCGGGCGCAUGGUGUUGUUACUCGGUUCUUUCAGGCUCUUUCUGAUGCACACCACGACGCCAGCCUUGCACUAUGUACCGCCGCGAUAAUGUAUGUGUUCUCGCAGGACAAACUUAACAUGGACCUAGAUCGCGAUUCGUUAGAGUUAAUGCUGAACCUGCUGAACACUGCCGAUCAUGAAAAACUGGUCAGUAACGAUCAGCAGCGACAUGGCAACCAACAGGCAGGAGGUCAACAGCAGAAGAUACGGCAGAGGGUGAAGGAACUGUGUGGAGAGAUCAAAGGGUGUGGAAAGAUGAAACAUAUCGACACCGAGAGUCACAUUAGUGCGGGUUCACUGGCCAUGGAAUCGUUGCUAUCACUCACCUCGCAGCGGGCCGGUGAAUGGUUUAAAGACGAAUUGCGUAAUCUGGGUGGCAUUGAACAUCUUAUCAAGACGGUGGCCGGAUGCUAUCAGGACGUACCUGCACGAGCCAGCGAGUGGCAUGUGGAUGCAGUAGCAAAACUUCGUAAAAUAGAGCGCUGUCUGCGUGUGCUUAACAACGUGUGUGUGUUUAACCGAGCCAACCAGUUAUUCUUGCUUGAGCACUGUGAUGGAUUGCUGGUUAAGCUACUAUCCCGACUCUUUCGUCAGCUGGAUGUUGAGAUCACGCAGCAUGUGACGAACGAUCAGACGCCGAAGGAUGCAAUCGGAGUUUUGGUGCGCGAGCUAUAUCAGCCCAUAUUGCACAUGUUUAUCACUCUCACACACUCAUUAGACGAAGAAGCACACGGGGCUAAUAUUAUAGGACAGCAGCCGGAAGUUAUUAACAUUUCGAUGCACAUACUGUUGCGAUUUGCUGAAUACGUGCCACCCCGUUGCGUUUUUGAUCUGCAUUUGCUCGCGCUCACGCUGCUGUUGCAUCUGGCUCGACGAAUCAAAUACAAUCGCCAGCAGAUUUUAUGCUACAAGGACGAAGAAACGGGUCGAGGCGGUAUUACGUCACUUGUUGAGUAUUUUGAACAGCAGGAGAAAUUGGCAAGUUAUGCCGAAGCAAAAACAAAUGCUAUCCUAGAAACACCUGUUAGAACAGAGAAAACGGAAGACACGGAAACGAGAUUGAUACAGAAAGCAGAACACCACAUGGAGCAUACAUAUAUGGGAAGUCACGUUUGUAUGCUCAUCUUCUAUCUGGUGUCUGAUGAACCUAGCCUCGAGGAACUGGCACGAGCUCACCUGAAGAAUCGUAACUUUCAAGGAAUGGUGGCGGCCAUGAGCCGCUAUUAUGAGUUUCUCAAUUUAACUACUAAUGCGGACGCAGAAAGUACGGCUCAUAAGCGUCAAACGAAGGAAGCAAUCGAUUAUUUUAGUCAAUUGGAUGGUUGCGAAUCGAAAUCGACACGCGUCAAGGAACCAGAGAAAUGAAAGUAGC